ACCCAGUUGGUUUAGUAACUGAGAGUUGGGAGAAGACAAUCAACGAAAAGGCUGAUUUUCAAAGCGUCCCCUCCUCCGGCAGCUGCAAUCGGGAUCCAUCAUUUGCUGGCACCCCCAAGAGUUAUUUAUACAUUUGCUCGUAAAUAAAUCGAAUUAAUAUGCCUUUGCGGAGAGUUGUGGUAAUGGAGGUUGAACCUCCGAGCGUAGUGAGAUAUUUGAUCGGAGCGGCGAUGAUGAUGUUGGGAGUGGUGUUGCCGGUGGGCUACAUGAUGUUUCGCAACAAAAGAGUUCCUUCUUCUUCCUCUUACUCCAAACAGACGUAGGAACAAGGUUUUGAUAUAGAGUUGUUCUGGAGGCUCGAGAUUACAGUUCAAAUUCAUGGGCCAGGUGAUGUGCCUUGAAGGACAAAGUGGGAAAGAAGAUCCUGAAAUAUCUGCAAUUUGUACAUGUUAGUAGGUCCGAUAAUUUGUCAUAUAGAGUUGGUAGUUUGAUGUCAUGGCUAAAAACUGAUGCAAUUGCUGUAUUUCGUGCUGACUUGAUGUUAAUUUUGGUUUUACAGUGACAUUCAAUGUUAUCCACAGUCAGUUCUUCUAAGAUAACAUGUUUUGCUUCUUGUGUAUGGAAUUUAUGGAUUUA